CAGCCGCGGACUUUGUGCCGAUCGGGAGCGGAGGUGACGCGUCUGGCAGCGCUGGCAGAGCCCCGGAUCACCCCAGGACCCAACGUCAGAGCAGCAGGGGAAACUGAGGCACGGCGGUGCAGCGGGUGCCAGAGCAGCUGCUCAAGGUGGCUUUUGGGGAGAGAAGAGCCGAAAAACCCCGGUUUUCCUCCAAACCGCCCGGCUCAGAGGCCCGGAGGAGUUUUGCAGCACCCCAUCCCUUCCAUCCCAGCUUCCCUGAGCCUGGAGCUGAGCUCACCCGGGCAAAGCCCAAGCCCAGGCUCCGUGGUGGCUCCACAGUGACUGGGAAGCAGCAAGGACCUGAGGGGGGCCUGGGACAGGAGGGGACCCUCUGGUGACAGCAUCACCUCCCUCAGCACCCGGGGCCACAUCCAGCACCCAUCCUGACAGUGCCAGCACCCGUCCUGAACAGUGCCAGCACCCCCAGGCAGGAGCUGUGGCACCAGCAUGGCCCAGGCAGCAGGAGCUGAGGGGAGCUUUGAGCACUGCGACGUGGCCAUCAACACCCAGCAGAAGGUUUCUGAUCUCUACACCCGGCUGGAGAAGCUGGGGGAGGGAAGGUUCGGGACCGUGUACCGGCUGCAGGAAAAAUCCAGCGGCAAAAUCCGGGCUGGGAAAUACUUCCGGACAAGGACGGCAAGAGAGAAAGGGGCAGCUCGGGCAGAGGUGGAGCUCAUGAACCUUCUGCAUCACCCACGUCUUGUGCAGUGCCUGGCUGCCUUCCAGAGCCCCACCGAGCUGGUGAUGGUGAUGGAGUACGUGGCGGGGGGGGAGCUCUUUGAGCGCAUCGUGGGCGAUGAGUUUGAGCACACGGAGCCCAGCAGUGCCCAGUACCUGCAGCAGAUCCUGGAGGGGCUGCAGUUCAUGCACAACCAGACCAUCGUCCACCUUGACCUCAAACCUGAGAACAUCGUCUGCGUCAGCCCCGGCAGCCACUGCCUCAAGAUCAUCGACUUUGGCUUGGCACGGCAGCUGGCUCCAGACACCCCUGUGAAGGUGCUGCACGGCACCCCCGAGUUCAUGGCUCCUGAAGUGGUGGCCUUUGAGCCCGUGAGCUGCUCCACGGACAUGUGGAGCGUUGGUGUCAUCUGCUACAUCCUGCUGAGCGGGGAGUCCCCUUUCCUGGGGAACAGUGACAUGGAGACACUGAGCAACGUCACAGCUGCCCAGUGGGACUUUGAGGACGAGACCUUCUCAGAGAUCUCCCAGCAAGCCAAGAACUUCAUUGGGCAACUGCUGCAGAAGGAGCCUGGCCGCCGUCUCUCCAGCUCGGGGGCUCUGCUCCAUCCCUGGCUGCAGCCCCAGCCCAGCAGCACCAAGGUGCUCUCCAAGGAGAGGAUCAGGCAGUUCCUGACCCGUCGCAAGUGGCAGAAAACUGGCAGAGCCCUGCUGGCCCUCAACAGGCUGACCCUGCUGACCCAGAGCCCGGAGAGGAGAGUGUCAGAGGCUGGGGAUGAGGAAGGUCCCAGCUCCUCAGAGCAGCUGCCAGGAAACAACCUGGGAGAUCCCAAAGCCCAUCUCUACCCCUAG